GCGAAAUGUGCCCAUCUCCGGCAGAGCCAACGGGGAUGACCCGUGUCAUCGGAUUCCGGGCUGGCGGAGGAAGCGCGUGGGAACGCGGCCGGCGAGCGUUGCAAGGGGUGCGCGUGUCGAGUGCAGAUCUGUCUAGUUUGAUGGCGCACCUUAAAACCAAUUGAAGGAGCAGCCAAGGGCUGGUCACACUGGCUGGAAAAAAAGGCCUAUAAGGUGACUUCGGCCCAUUGACAGCAAGGUCAAGGUACGUCAGCACGAAUGUCUGGCCAGGCGCUCCAACGGGAAGAAGGGGACGGAGCGAAAGCGCAGGAUAAAGACGAGCUGAAUCGGAAGAUAAAAGAGCAGAAAGUUGUAGUUGAUGAACUUUCCAACUUGAAGAAAAACCGCAAAGUGUUCAAGCAGCAGCCCAACAGCUAUAUAUUUUUUCUAGCAGACAGAACCCACGCGCUCUCAGAAAGCAAAAAUACGUUAGAUGAAUUGAGGAAGGCAUACCAGGAAAUGGAAAAUUCAGAGAAAGCCAAACUCAAGAAAUAGAUAAAUUAAACUGUAGUUUUUGCGAUGUGUGGCAUUUGUUGUGUGGUCAGCUUGUCCCUUCAGACUCCUGAUGGUUGGCUCUUGAAAGAGGGUAUCCUGGACAGUCUUAGAAGAAGAGGGCCGAACUGCAGCCAUCAGCUGGUCAAGUCUGGUCUCCAUCCACCAUAUCAGUGCUUAUUUUCUGGCCAUGUCCUUCACUUAAGAGGGCGAAUGACUCUCCAACCCCUGGAAGAUCCUGCAAGUGGAAACGUAUUCCUUUGGAAUGGAGAAAUCUUUGGUGGAAUCCACGUAGAGGCUGAAGAGAAUGACGCUCAAGUUCUGUUCCGCCAUCUUUGCUCAUGCAGUAGCGAAUCGGACAUUUUGUCGGUGCUGUCGUCCGUUCAGGGUCCGUGGUCAUUUGUGUUUUAUCAGGCGUCCAGACAUUGCUUGUGGUUUGGAAGAGAUUACUUUGGUCGUCGCAGUUUGCUGUGGCAGUUUAAUAAGGACCGUGACAAGAUCCUUGCUCUCUCUUCUGUGAGUGCUGGUUCUGAAAAUGACAGCCCGUGGCAGGAAGUUCCAGCAUCUGGAAUCUUCAAACUGGAUCUCCAAAUUUGUGCUACAUUCAAAGGUGUAUUUUUAACAUUGCAUCCAUGGAAGUGUCCGUCUGGUGAAAAUAUAACCGAAGAAGCAAUGAUCGGUGAUCGAAACCCAGCUCUGAAAGACUUGCCAAGUCAUGUAUCCCUCACAGUGAAUGAAUCCCAUUUGUUGGUUGUGCCUGUAGUUCCAUUAAAUACGAAGCAGCCAGAGGAGUCCCGCUUUUCCGAUUUCACUGGUAAUGUCGCCGAUGUUGGAAUUCUUCGGAGAUUUCUUGCAGAAGACCGCAAGAAGAAACUAGUCCACCAGUUUAUUGAUGUUUUGAGCAGAGCCGUAAAGAAGCGAGUCAUAUGUCCGGCUAGAGAUACUGAUCAGUUCGAAGGAGAAAUGUUGAAGGCCGCGCCAAGGAGACCCCAGAUUGCUGUACUGUUUUCCGGUGGUGUCGACUCCAUUCUUCUGGCACGCCUAGCUGACAGACACGUGCCUUUGGACGAACCUAUUGAUCUUCUCAACGUGGCCUUCGCAAAUCCCAACCAAGCUGGACGAAACGAUUCCACUCAGAAAUGCAGCAAAAAGAAAAGACAGCUGCCUAGUCUGGAAUGCCUUAACAAUGCCAAUACGGCAAAACUCGAUCCUCUGUCCUCCUUUAACGUGCCAGAUAGAAUCACCGGCAGGGCAGGCCUGGGCGAAUUGAAAGCGACUAAUCCUUCCAGAUCUUGGAAUUUUGUGGAAAUCAAUGUAACACUCGAGGAACUGAAAGCAAUGAGACGGCAACAAAUCAGCCAACUAGUUUACCCGCUGGACACCGUUUUGGAUGACAGCAUUGGCUGCGCGGUGUGGUUUGCGGCCAAAGGAGAAGGCUUGGUUACUAAUCAGGGAGAUACAGGACCGUAUAAAAGUCCCGCAAAGGUUGUGCUUACAGGAAUUGGAGCCGAUGAGCAGCUUGCCGGUUAUUCCCGACACCGUGUUUGCUUUCAAAAAUACGGGUUUGAGGGCUUGAACAAAGAAUUAAGAAUGGAGCUGGGCCGUAUUUCUUCUAGAAAUCUUGGCCGAGAUGACAGAGUGAUUGGAGAUCAUGGCAAGGAAGCUCGAUUUCCGUUUCUUGACGAGGAGGUCGUGUCUUUUCUGAACUCUCUCCCAGUGUCGGAAAAAGCAGACCUGACUCUUCCUCGAGGAAUUGGAGAGAAAUUGCUUCUGCGCCUUGCAGCUGCGGAGCUCGGCCUAACAGCCUCAUCAGUUCUGCCCAAGAGAGCCAUGCAGUUUGGUUCCAGGAUUGCAAAGCUGGAAAGCAGCCAUGAAAAGGCAUCAGACAAAUGCAUGCGGCUCCGGUCGGUUUCCGUAGAGGAACUUCCUCUAAUGGACCCAAAGCUGCUUUAAAACAGUGAACUGCACAGUGAACAAUUCCAGCAGACUCCAUUCGCGUCAGGAGGAAGCCCCGCUGGCUUCAGUGGGGACUUACUUUCCAUUACUUAGGUAGGCUCCAAAGCUGUAUGGGUCACUGAACAUGAUAAAACAGAAGCCAGCUUGCUACUGAGUUUCCAGUUUAUUCCAUGGUGGUAAGCUAGAAUAUAGCCUGGCAAAGCCUGAGAGGUUGUUCAUGCACUCCUCUCACAGCUCUCAGUCCUACCUCCAACCCUGGUUCCCAUCUGAUUGCCCUUUUUAGAUCUUGCUCUGACAUCCACAGUUGUCCAUCCGGAUGAGUCCCCGCCCCUGUGGAGCUUCUCUGUGUUUUGGCCCUGCAGAAGGGAGUAUUGACGUGUACUCGGCAGAGUAGUCCGAGCUAACCAGCCAUGUCCAAACCAUGUCUAGCAAGGCCACAUCACAGCCACAGGUUUUCUUUCUGUAUCCCUGGCUUGCCUCCCAAUGAUCUCUCAGCCACCAGGCCUUUCUACCUAUCCCUGCUCUGAUGGCUUGUUGGUGGGGGGAAAGUGGCCAGUAAACUGCUCUCAACACAAGCUCGCUAAAAUGCCAUUGGUGACAAAUUGACAUCUCAAAGGGAUUUAGGACUUACUUCAACUGGAUUGGGCCUGCUUUGUUCCAAAAGGUGUUUGUCAUCUGCAAAAUAAAGGAGUGGGGUUUUUGCCUCAGAGUUUGUGUAUUCUGUAAAGAUAAAAUUUUCAAUAAAUGUAUGUUUGUCGUUGUUAGAAGGAGCCGCAAAAAUCUUAGCGUAUGGAUCUAGAAUGCUACUG